UAUAUUGAAGAUGAAAAAAUCAAUAAUAAAGAAUCUAGCAAAAUCAAAUUGCAUAAAAAUUAAAACUAUUCGAUUUUUCACCUUGAAAAAGCUAUACAACACUGUGAAAAAUGUGACAAACCGAAUCGGUAACGCUGAACUGUUCCGCCAAGAUUACAGAUAAUUCUGAAAAUUUGGCAGAAUGAGUAUUAGGAAAAUCGAUUCGCUUUCCUCCGCCAGUGGCGGUAGCGCUGGCGAAGAUGAAAAGAACGCCCGGCAGCUGGGAAUCAUGCACCUGAGGAAACUGUUCGGGGAAUUUGCGCACUGUAAGGAUACCCUUGCAGAAAAGGAGAAGGAAUUUCGCAUAUACAAUAUGUUGCCUCUGUUCAUCAAAAUGUUCGAUACCUGCCAUCCGAAAGAGAUGAUGGAAAAAUUUCCGGAUGUGCAACAAUUUUGUUUACACGUAUCGAAAUUGAUGGUUACUGAGAUCAAAAGGCGAGGAUCCAACCAAAGUACAGAGGCUGCAUCUAAAAAAAUAGUGGAUUUCUUGGAAAUUGAUGAGAACGAAGAAACCAGUAAUGGUUGGAUGCUGCUAACAACAAUCAACAUUAUGUCAGCUGGCGAUAAAACUUUGAUACAGAUCAUGACGAAUGCUUCUAUACCAUCAACACUAGUAAAAUGUUUAUAUUUGUUUUUCGAUCUGCCGGAGCUUGGCGACGAGGACGAAAACAGCAAAAAGAGUAAAUUUACCAAUAGGGAAAGACGUAUCUUGUUGCAGAAACUAUUCGUACAGGUAUUAGUACGUUUGUGCUCACAUCCAUACCCGGCAGAUGAACUAGCUCGAAUGGACGAUUUAUCGCUGUUGUUUUCUGCCAUCACAUCUCAAUGCCCACCGUACAACGUUAUAUGGAGAAAAUCGGCAUCCGAAGUUCUGACAACCCUGUCACGUCAUGGGUUGACAAAUCAAGUAGUGGAUUACUUGCAUACUAAAGGAUGUAUGUCACUUUGCGUUGAUAAUAUGCAACGAUCUUCGCAACUACAGCCGCUGGAAGUUGUCGAGAUGGUAGUUUCUGUGUUCUGUUUUCUCAAGGAUUCCAGUGAAGUGUCCCAAAUAUUACUGGAUGAUUUCAAGUCAUGCCAAGGAUAUUUGUUUCUGGUAGACUUUCUUAUCAAGUUGGACCAAGAAGACCGGAAAUCUCAGGAUACAGAAGCUGCUAUAAGAAAUUUGGUUCUCAUGACCGCUUCCCUUUGUAUUUGUGGAUACAACGAGCUAAAAGUAACGUUCAACAACAACUCUCUAUUUCAAAUGCAGGGCUUCAAAAUGCCACAAGUAUCAUCACGAGGUACAUGUGUUCGCAAUCUACAUGCUUUUCAAGUGUUGCAAACGGUGUUCCUCAAGUCGGACAACACUACGCUUUGUUGUAUAAUCCUUGACGCAAUAUCCAGCGUGUACCACUCUGACAAUGUGAACUACUUCAUCUUAGAAUCUCAAAAUACGUUGUGUCAAUUUUCGGAAAUCAUCCAUCUGAAGACCAUUCCCGUCAGGGAACGCUUCUUCGGGCUGCUAGAGUUCAUUGUAUUCCAAUUGAACUUCGUACCGUGCAAGGAGUUGAUAUCAUUGUCCCUGCUGUUGAAGUCCAAUCAUUCCGUUGAGUGCAGUAUACUGUGUAUGAAAACGUUGCUGAAUCUGUUACGACAUAGUAACCUCUUCUGUGAUGUAUACCGCGAAGUUGGAAUUCUGGAGGUUUUCGUAAACUGCUUGAAGAAAUACAAAUCAUUAUUGGAGGAGACUCAGUUCGAUAAUAACUCAAACUCUACCAAAGAUAACAACUUAGUAUUAGGAGAAAUGAUUCUUGAAGCACUGAUUAUUUUGCUAAGUGGAAAUAACAGUAAUGCCACAGUAUUCAGAGAUAGCGGUGGCUCUAAAUGCAUACAUGAAAUGAUACGGUUUGAAUGCUGCAGUAAUACUGUUUUGAAAAUCAUUAAGGAAAUGAUCGUAAACUCAGGUGGCGACGAUGAUAUGCUUCGAUUGCUGGAAGCCAUGCAAGUGGCCCCGAUGAGCCAAAUUGGAUUGAAAAUCACAAUUCUUCGAUCACUUGUCACCUGCCUUCGCGACAGUCACCGAACACGAACCAUCUUCCGGAAGGUCAACGGGUUCAGCCACCUCAUCAAGACCAUUGAAUCCCUGAAAGAUAUUUUCACAGACAAGGCAGAUAAAAAUGAACACCAUACAUUUUUACAGUUGUUAUACGUGGUAUGCCAAGCGCUAACGACGGCAAUGCGCUUCGAGCCAGCCAAUGCCAAGUUUUUUCAACAAGAGUUGUGUACCACCACUUUCUGUAAUGCACUUCGGGCAUUGGGAUGCUUCAGCUCGGCUACGAUACUCAGAAAAGAAAUCCGGGCCCACUUCAAACCAUCUCAGGAAACGAACAAGAACUUCAGCCAGAUAUUUGCUCGUGAUUUGGGAGAACCAAGGUUUGAACAAUUUGCUACAUUACCUGGGCCUCUGUCGUUAUCUUUUGCAUGCAUAGUGUAUCGUAUUUUGUACAACAUUGCCUUGGACAAUUUCGAAGGCCCUAACUCGAUUAACAUUUCCACUAUUGCAAGUCUCUCUAAACUCUCACCCCGAAUUGACAAUAACGAUAAAGCAGGAAAUAUAAGUGAAGGAACAAUGUCUAUGCUCAAUUUGGCAAUGCCGACUUCGGAACCAACGAUUGUUCAUCCUGGGACAGUGCUGUGUAUGCUGCUUCUUCUUCCAUCAGUGGCUAAUAGUCAACAUGACGAACUUAGUGUGGCACUUGAGUUCUUUCUGGCAGAAGUGUUGAAAAGUCUCGUUCGAAGCGAACGUAACCAACAGAUACUAUGUGAAGUCGGUAUGGCUGGCGCCUUGCUGAAAGUAUGCAGAAUAGCUUUGUUGGAAGAGCAACAUAUACUGCAUUUGCCUUUGCAGUAUAUUUUCGAACGUUUGGCCGUUCAAGCUCUGCUCCCCAAAGAAUUUCGUGAGUUUCUUCGACUGGGCUUUCCAAUGGAGUGUACUAUUGAUAAAAAUGCAUCCGAUGUAGCAUCGAUACCAUUGACUCGCAUCAAGACCCUGGUAUCGAUGACAACGCCUAGAGACUUCCGAGCUCAUGGGUCAUAUACUUUACCACCGUUCGUUGAGAUGGACAUGAACUCCGAGGGAUUUGGAUGUAUAUUCCUUCCAAGCCUGUCACCACAAGCAACAACAGCUGCAGGUAACCUCGAAGUUGACGGACAGGCCAUAGGAGGCAUCGGAACUGGCGACAGGAACUUCCCCCCUUCUAGCGGGCUAAGCUUUUCGACUUGGUUUUGUGUAGAAAAGUUCAGCGAUUCUCGGGUAGACCCACAUGGAAUACGCUUGUUAACAAUUGUUCGCACUGUAAAUAAGCCUCGUGAGGAAAACUACAUUUGUCUAAGUAUUUUACUGUCGGCCAAGGACAAGGCCAUAAUUACUUCUACACAGGAAAUACUCAUGGAGCAAAAUGUUGCUGAAUGGGAACCUGAUUGUCUGGAAGACUACAGUGCCAGGGUAUGGUGCCCAGAUUUGCUGAUCGAAGGGCAGUGGCAUCAUUUGGUUGUAGUGUUGAAUAAAAGUGUAGGAAAAAGUACAAGCUUUUCGCUUUACAUUGACGGACACCACAUGCACACCCAAAAGAUUCAAUAUAUGUCACCGUAUCCCGGAAACCACUAUUCCAAUAGCUCAAAUCCUGCUUCAUCGGUAUUUGCCUACAUUGGAACUCCACCGAUUUGGAGACGCUACUCGAGACUCUGUUGGAAACAAGGCGUCUGUCAUCUUAUAGAAGAUGUGUUCAACAACACAACCGUGAACAAAAUCUAUGCUCUUGGCCCUCAUUACUUGGGGUCACUGCAAGCACCACAAACCGAAAAGAUCUUGGAUGACUCAAACAGCCCUAUAGUACCGGAGGAGCGCGUAAUAUUCGGAAUGAAUGCAAGGGCAGUAUCUAAUUUGACGUUAUCGAAAAUUCGGAAGGUCUACAGCCGGGUUGAUUGUAAAGCGAUUGCCAAGCAACUGGGAAUGAACUCGCACGACAACGCUACCCCGAUAAAGAUUUUGCACAACUCUGCUGGUCACCUGGCGGGACCAGCGCGUACUUUGGGAGGCGUUAUGAUCGGAUACCUAGGCAUCCGUUGUUUCAGUCCAAAUCCAGUAUCGGCAAUUAUAUACACCGUGGGAGGAUGCAGCGUGCUGCUCGGAAUAAUUGCAAUGUCACAGAACGUGGAGAGCCUGUACGCAGGAGUUAAGGCUUUGACUUGUGUGAUCAAAUCCAACAAAUCAACCCAGAAUGAAAUGGAUCGAAAACGAUAUUACCAAACUUUGGCAAUGAUAUUCAAAAGAAAGAAGCAUUUACUAAACUCGCACAUCCUACAUCUAACUUUCAACUUGGUUGGCACGGUCAACAGUGGCCAGGAAACUUCCGCGAUCCCGAACGUUAUGUCAUUCCAGGAUUUACUGUGUGAUUUCGAGAUCUGGCUUGGAGCACCGAAUGAUAUUUUGAAGUCAUUACUAGAGCAUCUCCUGGAGCUAAUAUCUGAGUCCAGCGAAAAACGAACAAACAUUCGCAUAAUGCGAGAUAUGCAGUGCAUAUCGAAGUUACUACACAUUGUCGAAGAUGUGCACGAUUAUAACACACGCGAGGUUCUCUACAAUUUAUUGGAAAUAUUGCUGGGACCACAGCCUCGUAUAUCCGAUUUGUUACUGUUUGGACAAAGUCUGAUUUAUCACAUUCCGCAGCCUGGCGACGACAAGGACAAAACUGUUAAUCUUGCUGAUUAUACCAAUGAUGGGAACACUGCAAUUCAUGAUCCCGACGUGUAUAGAAAUAACGCAACAAUCCGAAAGAUAGUCCUCCGCAACAAAGGAUUAUGCCUACUGCACAGUAUGCUCUUCACGGCCAAGAAUACGGUCAAUGCUGUGCUAUCAGAGGAGAUAUCGAAGAUCCUUGGCUUAGACUGGCUGAUGAUGUUCAUGCAGCCGCAUCUCAAUAGCACAACGGUUAUUUGGGCUAUGCGGAUUUUGGUUGUUCUGUGUGCAAACGAUACUAUCAUUGGGCGUUUUCGCGAGGGCACCAUGAACAGCGGGUACAUGAAAAACACUGAGGUAGUUUCGCAAAACAAAGAUAUGUUACUAUUAUCAGCAACUCAAAGCACAACCGCAUCGGCUAAUUUGAAAAAGCCUCAGGACUUAGUGGCGUCUACAUUGGCAAAACCUGGAGAUGAGGCCAAGUCGCAGUUCAUGAACUGCUCUGGUUUCACUUAUCUAGAGUGGCUGCUGCAGCACCACAUCAGCAUUCCCGAGAUAUAUUUUCUUUUGACAGCACUGAUAAUGGGGCAGCCUGUGAAACUCUUAGGUACCGAGCACGUCGAUGUAGAUCUAGACCGCAUCUGGACGUUUUUGUGGGGUGCUCCUGUUUCAGGAAUGCUAGGUGGUUCAUCUACAUCCAAGAUGUCACUCUGUCCAGAAGCAGUAUGCAUACUAUUGAACAUCAUCAGGAAAAUUGUACAUACAACAAAUAACGCCGAGUGGCUUCAUAAUCAUCCCAAUACGCUAGUACAGGUGCUUUUCUCAUUGUAUAACAACCUGCCAGAUUUCAUGCCCGUCGUUAUGUCGGCGGAAGUGAUCACGUCGUUGAUUGGCGUUAUGUUCCCCUAUCGAAUCAAGUCAUCAGGCUCGGAAACGAAUAGCAUUUCAACGCCUUCCGGAGAAUUGGUGUCCUAUCAAGAGUUGGAAAAACGUUUUGCAGAAAAAGAAGGCCAAAAGUUGACUGAACAUCCGGUACGCAUGUUUGUUAUUGAUUUCCUUCGCGUGAUUGCUGUAGAUUCUUUGAGUUUGGCAUACAGCGGAAAGUGCACUCCAGUCGUCGAUUGUAUUCUGGAUGCCCAUCCCGAAAAUGGUUCAUUUGAUGCAAGAUGUGAGUUUCUGACGGAAAUCAUAACUACUCUAAUGGAUCACUUGCUGGCCGCUGACAUUUUGGUUGGAGAACAAGCCGCUCUUCCAAUUGUCCCACUACUACAGAGUCAUGUACAAAAUAUAGCACCGAAUGUGUUUUAUCUUACUGCUAGAAUUGUCGACAAGUUAUGGCAAGGAAGCAUAAACAAAGAUCCACACGAAAUUUUCGAAUUCAUCAUUAAGUUGAUAACACAGGCCAGAAGACGGUCAAGUGCUAUAACGUUGGACAAUCUAUAUCAUUCAUUAAAUCGCUGUAUCUUGUAUCUUCUCUCACGUCCUACUGACACUGUUCCGGAUCAGAUGAUGGUCAUGGAAGCACUUCAUAAAUUGACCACAAACAGACUAAUGAUAUUCGGCGCAGGAAAUCAUGAACCAGAGUUUAUUGGAUGCCUAACGUUCUGUCUAAUGCAACUAACUGCUAAGGAACGAAUUUUGCUAGAUGUUAAAGACUCGAAAGAUGCAGAUCGCACAACAACUUGGCACAUAAAUUCCGUCAAUGACACAAAGAACGUUGGAGAAGAUUCACUUAAUCAUCACCAAGGCACAAAUUUAAUAGGAAAUGCCGCAUCUCGGGUCUGGGAAGAGCUUUACGUAUGUAAGAAACCAGCCAUUGAAGAAGUGUUCAAAAUUAGCCUGACUCCACCAAUGAGUAAUAGAAAAGCGCCCGACAUGACCAUUACAAGGGAACAGAUUCUGGAUGCGGCUACCAAACUCUGGUUAAGCUACGUCGAUGGAGAAAAGCGUGCUCAAGAUCGAAUACCCUGGGAAUUGCAUAAUAACAUACAAUCCAAAAUCCAAAAAGUCACGGGGAAUCUCACCCGGCUUGCUAGCCGCACAAAGGUUAAAAAGGAUGAACAAAACAAGGGCAAAUCGGAAAUUGAUACGGAAACCAUGUACCAACUGAAUCUAGUCAAUUUAUGCCAGGUUAAAGAUUUCUGGGAGCUGCGAUGUUCCCAGCAUAACCACAUGGCACAACAUACUCAACGGUACGUGUAUCAGGAGUGGCUUCAAUCGGAAGCCGAACUCUUCAGGGAGAGGGGGCUAUGGGGUCCAAAGGGAACCAUAAGCUACACAAAAUGGAUACUGGACACCACCGAAGGACCCCAUCGCAUGCGAAAGAAGAUGAUGAAAAAUGAUCUCUUUUAUGUUCACUAUCCAUACCGGCCCGAGCUGGAGUUAUCCGAUCAAGCAAGUCGUCAAUUGAAGUAUAAAGUGGCUUCCAGUUUGGACAGCAAAAAGUAUUACAACAGUAUUCAACUGAUUCCCAAGGUUCAGUCUCUUCAAAUGGAACAGGAAUCUGGCGCAAAAAAUACACUAGCGCAAUCUUCAAGCAUAGUCAAUUCUAGUCGAUCGAAUUUAGAGAGCAAGACUAAUGACAACGAUCAAAACUAUGAUGUAGAAGAUGACGACGAGGAAUUAUCAGCAACACCAGACAAUCAAACGCUUCUACGUUUGCUCGAGGAAAAAGAAAAGAUAUCUCACAUAUUCCGAUGUGCAAGGAUACAAGGUUUGGACACUUUCGAAGGUUUGCUUCUGUUUGGCAGAGAGCACUGUUACGUUAUCGAUGGGUUUACUCUGAUGAAAAACCGGGAGAUCCGUGAUAUUGAUUCAGUGCCGUCCGGAAGCUACGAACCCAUUCUUCCAAAUCCAGGAAAUACAAGAAUCUCUCAUGAACUUAGACAGAACUCCAAAUUUGCGUAUGAAGAAAUACGAGAAGUUCACAAGCGGAGAUAUCUGCUACAACCGAUCGCAUUGGAAGUGUUUUCCGGAGAUGGUAGGAAUUUCUUGCUGAGUUUCCCCAGGAAAGUAAGAAACAAGGUUUACCAAAGGCUGAUGUCUGUUGCAACGUCUAUCGCUGAUAACGCACAACAAUCAGUGGCGGGCCAGAGCAGGUCGGCGAAUGUGGAGCAAUCCUCCGGUAUAUUUAGCAGUUUGAUCGGAGAAACGUCCGUAACCCAACGUUGGGUGCGAGGAGAAAUCUCGAACUUCCAGUAUUUGAUGCAUUUGAACACUUUGGCAGGGCGAUCGUAUAACGAUUUGAUGCAGUAUCCCGUGUUUCCGUGGAUUUUAGCGGACUAUGAUUCUGAAAGACUGGACCUGAGCAACCCUAAAUCUUUUCGUGACUUUUCCAAGCCGAUGGGUGCUCAAUCGAAAGAUCGUUUGGAACAAUUUGAGAAACGCUACAAAGAAUGGGACGAUCCACAUGGUGAGACUCCACCAUACUUCUAUGGAACGCACUACAGUUCGGCGAUGAUCGUUUGCUCGUAUUUGGUGCGUCUGGAACCAUUCACGCAGCAUUUUCUGCGCCUACAAGGAGGGCAUUUCGAUCUGGCUGAUCGCAUGUUCCACAGUAUUAAAGAGGCAUGGCACUCGGCUUCCAAACAUAACAUGGCUGACGUAAAAGAGCUUAUACCGGAGUUCUUCUAUCUUCCGGAAUUUCUAAUCAACGAUAAUAACUUCGAUUUCGGGAUGAAACAGAAUGGGGAUAUACUGAACCACAUUGUUUUACCUCCGUGGGCAAAAGACGAUCCCAGAGAGUUCAUUAGGAUACAUCGUGAAGCUCUGGAAAGUGAUUACGUAAGCCGUCACCUGCAUCUGUGGAUUGAUUUGAUAUUUGGACAUAGGCAACGCGGCCAUGCUGCAGUAGAAGCUUGCAAUGUAUUCCAUCAUCUAUUCUACGAAGGCAACGUAGAUAUCUAUAACAUUGAGGACCCACUGAAGAAGAACGCUACCAUUGGAUUCAUCAACAAUUUUGGACAAAUUCCAAAGCAAUUGUUCCGGAAAGCUCAUCCAGCGAAAAGGGCACAGCCUUCGAAGAACACCAUGAUAGAUUCCAGCCUGGUGCUGCAACAAUCCGUAAGCUAUACGGAUAAACUGUUUUUCCACAAUCUUGAAAACUUGAAGCCAAGCUCUCAACCAAUCAAAGAAGUAAAAGGCCCAGUGGGACACAUAAUACAAAUGGAAAAGCUAGUGCUGGCAGUUGAGCAGAACAAAAUCCUGAUGCCUCCGAGUUACAAUCGCUAUAUUGCAUGGGGUUACGCAGAUCAUUCCAUUCGUGUCGGCAUUUAUGAUUCAGAUCGUGCACUGUUCGUCUGCGAAAACGUAGCUCCGGACUCUGGCGAAAUUCUCGCAUGUGUUUGCCCAAAUGCUAAAACAAUAAUCAUGGCAGGCACUAAUUCUAUUCUAACGGUCUGUGAUAUAGAUUUUAAGCAUAAACAAUUAUAUGUGAAACAUACGCUACAUGGGCAUACGGACGCGGUAACAUCGUUGGCGGCAAGCACGGCGUACAACAUCAUCGUUUCAGGAUCGAAGGAUAAAUCGGCUAUCAUCUGGGACAUGUCUAGGUAUAAAUAUGUACGCCAGCUAUUGAAUCAUGUCGGGGUGGUGGCUGCUGUGAGCAUCAAUGAAUUGACGGGCGACAUUGCAACAUGUUCGGCCACAUGGUUGUACGUGUGGUCCAUCAACGGAGACUGCCUAGCCAAGGUGAACACGAGUAUCGGCUGUGCCGAUCGGAUGCAGCAAAUUUUGUGCGUAACAUUUUCACACAAGAACGAGUGGGAUAAUGACAAUGUGAUCAUAACGGGUUCAACGGAUGGAGUAGUUAGGAUGUGGUCAUUGGAUCAUGUUCAAAUACCAACGGAACGACAAAGUUGCAGUGACAGUCAUCUAUAUGAGGACGAGUUUGGCGAUAACCGAGGAUCGGAUGGAGAAUGUUUCACUUUUCCAGAUUUAGGCGCUGUCGUUAGAUCAUCCUCCACUAGUAGCAUAUAUGAACAGUACACAUUACAUGACAGUAGUCAAGCAUCUAUGAGCAACACAGAGGACUCGCACAAAACAUCUAUACAAUCAUCCAGCAAAAUUACUGCGAAUGUUAAGGCCAUCUCCAUUGAUCGCCAUUUAGAUAAGUUCGACGUCAACGGGCAAUUUCUUACCAAAGAGGACUCGCAGAAGCCGAGGAAAGCUCUCCGGUGGCAUCGUCAAUUGAUAUUCCGUACCAAGCUUAGCAUGCACACCGCUUAUGAUCUGAAGGACAACGUCGAACCAGCCAGUAUUACAUCGUUGGCCAUAUCCAACGACCAUCGGACGGUUUUCGUGGGUGAUGCGAGAGGCAGGAUUUUCUCUUGGAGUGUUGCUGAUCAACCCGGUAAAGUGGUAUCGGACAACUGGAUGAAACAGGGAACUAGUGAUCGCUGUAAUGGAUGUCACGUCCGCUUCAGUCGUUACGAACGGAAGAACGUAUGCCGCAACUGUGGACAUGAAUUUUGCGGGAAGUGCUGUCAUCUGGACUCAACCAUAUUCCAGCUGAGAAUCCGUAUGCCUGUUCGCAUCUGUAAAGUAUGCCAUAGUCGUCUACAGGAAACCAAUGAUUCAUAGACAUCAAAGUAGAAAAAAAAACUGUUCAGUAUUCGAUACAUUAUUACUGGGGCCGUAGAAUGAGUAAUUGUUGUGUUUGAUCGUUGAUUUCUUAACCGUAUAUAGUUCAAAGUGAUCAUGAGCGUAGUGCAAUAAAAUGUUAACUAGUAUAAAGGGCAAAACACAGAACAAUAAAUAAAUGUAUAUAAUUACAUAUGACACGUAA